AUGCCGAAGCUCAAUAGACUUGUAUGUAAGGACGAAGUGGAUGAUCAUACGUUUGAGAAAGCAACAGCUGAAGAGCUAUUGACAUCAAGUAUUGACUCAUUAGCAAUGCAAAGAGAGAGAAAACAAGUGGCUAUCAUGUGUAGUGCAUCAUUUAUUCCGAUCUCCACGUUAGUAAAGCAACAAAAAGGCACAAGUUGUGUGCUAGGGAAUCCAUGGGAUAGGAAAGACAAUGAAACGUAUUGCCUUCAUGAAUGUAUAAAAGAUGCUUUACAAGUCACAAGAGAUGGAAAGAAAGUGUUGUUUCUCGUACGUGAUCCAAAGUCGGUGACAAAACGACUGGCAGUGGCUGUUUCAAACCCUGCUGCAGCAAUGUCGACGGAAAUAGCUGCCAAGUGCUUGCAUCAUGUUCAUUUUUGCCAAUGUCGGAGUAUCUAUGAGUUGCUAUGUGAGCUUGAUCAUGUUGAGAAGAGCUGGAGAGCUGUAGAGGAUACACAGAAGAUCGAGCUCGUAGUGCUUGGACCGCUUUGUGUUUUGUUCGCAAGUUUUCAGACUGUUUCGGGAAUGACAGUCAUAGGUUCUGGGCUGAAACGGAUGGUAGAGCUUGCAAUCAAGCGCUUGCAGACAAUGAAACGUAUUCAUGUGCGCAUUAUACGGUCUAAAAGUAGCUAA